AUCGAUUGCUAAUAUUAUUGAACAUAGUAUAGAAAAAGAAGAAAUUGAUCCAUUAGAACUUUUGGUUCAAAAUAAUUUACUGGCUAAUCAACAAUCUAAUAAAUCUAAAAGAUUACAAGUUUUUCAAGAAGAAGUUUUAAUAGAAUGGAAAAAGAAGCAAGUUAAAGAAGCUGAUGAUAAUUGUUAUUAUAUAGAACAAAUUCAUUUCUCAUUUUUUACUUCACAAGCACAACUUUUUAAAAAAUAG